AUGUACCCUGAACUAUUCAACCAAGACAGAAAAGACAACAACACUUUCUGGUUGGGAACCAAUAAUACAGCUUCUCAGAAUCAUGAAGGCAGCCAUGUGUCUGCUGAUAAGAGUGAAGAUGGAUCAGGAACACCUCAGCCCAAAAGACAAGGACUCUUGCCAUCAAGUGGCCCUUGUUCUACUCCCAAGCCCUCUAUCAUCUCUUCAAAAUCGAACAGCUUUCCUAUCUCCCUAGCAAUGGCCACGAAGCUGCGGCAGAGCCUCUUUGGAAAUACGGUCUAUGUCUUCAGCUGUGACUGGAAAAAGGCCUGUUUCAGGUUCCAUGAUCCUUUUUCUGACCUGGCUUUUGCUUUGGAAGUGGGAAAGGGAGGUGCCCAAAGCAUUCAGAUGGCCGUACAAGGAUUGAUCAUCAAGUACUUGCUGUUUACAAGGGAGGAGAAAGACUGUAACUUCCACAGUCUAUGUGCAAUCAGCAAGCAAGAGCAGAAGCAGGCCCUGGCUGCGGCUCUCGCUGGUACCCUGUGGGCGGCAGGAGACGCUCAGAAGGCCACCAUCUGUCUUGUCACUGAGGACACUCAAGUCACCUUGACUCCUGACUAUGCUGGGGACAAUUUCACUGAGAGGCUCCAGCUGUUUGAAGUUUUGGAGAAAGAGGCCGCUGAGAAAUUCAUCUAUGAUCAUUUACAAUGUGUAUACAUAGCUGCAUUGCUUGGAGGCAAAUGUGCUUUUCCCUUGCUUUCCAAACAGUUCAGUGGGGAAGGAAGCCACGGUGUCAUCCUGUUUCUUUACAGCCUGAUCUUCUCCAGAACAUUUGAAAGGCUUCAGAAGGACCUGGAUGUCUCCACCAUUCAUCUGCUACAACCAAAUGCUGGAGGCUUCCUAUGCAGGCAGGCAGUUUUGAACAUGGUUUUAACGGGAAGAGCGAGUCCACAUGUCUUUAAUGGCUGUCAAAAUGGGACGUCUCAAGAAAUACUACACGGAGUCCCGGCACGCAGUGACAUUGGCUAUUUGCAGUGGGGGAAGCACACCUCAGAGGAUGGGCUUUCCCAGGUGGGCAGCAUGCUGAAGACUCCCAAAGUGCCCAUUUGGCUGUGCAACAUCAAUGGAAGCUGCAGUGUCCUUUUUAGCACCAACAGGCAGCUCCUCGCAGACUGGAAAGCCGAGCGGCGGUUUGAUCUGCACUUGUAUGGUGGGCAGCCCUCCCAGAAAAAGCCGGCCCGUCUUACCGUGGAUACUCACUCCCAUCACUGGGAAAGUGACCAACCCGAGGAGGAACAUGGACCAGGAAGACGGUGUUCUCCAGUGGAGAUGGCGAUCAGAACCAAGUGGAGAGAAGCCACCAUUAACUGGAAUGGAACUGUUCCCUUUUUCUAAAGAGAAAGCCAGGAUGUGCGAUGAAGUGUCAGAAUGAUGGGUACAAAGAUUAAUUUGGGGGGAGAUCAUUUCACAUCUACAUCGCCCACAGAAAACCCCCAUUGUAUUUUGGGGCACUGUGUGUUAAGCCCUCUGCAGCUGUAGGAGAAACAUGGGCCCUUACUGCAGGGCCUGGGAGCUGCAUCCUCUAUAUACAUGUAGACUACUUCUUUUAUUUUAUUCAAAAGAGAAAAUGAAGUCUCUUUCCUGCA